UCCAACUCCAGAGCGAGGGCAUCAAAUAUGGCCGACUCGAUAUGAACAUGACUGACUUGUAUUGGAGACGACAGUCAAUUCAAGUGUUUUCACUGGUGACGUACAAGAAAUGAUCUGCAAGAACGGUGUUCCUAUCAGAGCCAUGCCAAAUAUACACGAGGGAGCUUUUAUUGGUGAUAUAAGGGAAGUUACUCAAGCGCUUGAGAGCGGCCAGAGUCCUGCAGAACCAGAUGAAACCGGUACAACAGCAGUUCAUAAAGCUGCAGCAAACGGCCACCUUGAAGUAUUGAAAAUGUUAGUUGACCAUGGUGGGGAUAUCAAUAAAACUGAUAUUACUGGCUGUACUUCCUUGCAUGCUUCGGCAAGGAAUGGACAUAUUUCCUGUGUGAAGUUUCUUGUAGAACAAGGUGCUGACUUCAGAGUCAAGUCAAACAAAGGAAAUACUCCUAUGAAUAUUGCAAAGUCAAAUGCGCAGCAGAAAGUUGCUGAAUAUCUGUCCACUUGUGAUAGAGAAAAGUUUGCUUGGGAAGUGCAGUGACGACAUUGCAAUAUCAAGCCUUAAUAAUAGGUUAAUUUUUAGAACAAAAAUUUCUGCUUGAGUUUUUUUCCCAGUUAGCCUUGCCUUAAAUUAAAUUAAUUUUGAAAGUGGUUAUGAUUUUCUUUUUCACAGUAGAAACUCUAUUUAGUGGCCACUUGACAAUUCCCUAAGGGGAGCUACUUCUAAUAUUAGCUUGGCUGUAUUAGUAAAAGCAAUUAUGAAAAAGGAAGAACUUUCAUAGGAAGAAUAUUAAUUACGUUCCAAAAAGGAUGGUCAAACAUUUUCUUGUAUUUUAUUUAGGGCUUGGUUGGAAGGUCAGCCAAACAACAGUUUAGAAUAAUUUAAUAUUUAGAACUAGGUGUUUAUUUUUUGAUACAUGACAGGUGUAGAUGGUAAAAUUUGUUGAGUUAAUUGGCACACCUAUAUUAGUUGUUGCUUUGAAAAGCUGUGCCUGGGGGCAUGGAGCUUGUGUUGAAAAAGACAUUUUCAAUGAAUGAGCAUUUUAUUCUGCAUUCUUGUGCCGUGACUGGCUUAGUGAGUGUUAUAAUUUUGAUAUCAUUACUUUGUUGUAAGCCAUUACUUUUUACCUCAAUUUAUAUUAUCCCCAAAGAUUUUUUCACGUAACUUAACUUAUGUAAUCACAUCCUCACCUUAAUGCAUCAACCUGAUGCAUCGUAGUGCAAUAAAACACUAAUGUACAUUUCAAGCUACAACACUAGAUUUAGCAACCGUUACAAAACCUCAACUACUGACAACAACACACCUCACCACUACAUCUCAUACCUUGCACUAUACCACACCUUACACUACACCUCAUCCAAAACUACAAAAUACUUGAAAUAAUGCCUGGUCAUGUCUGCCUAGAUUUGGAAAUUUUCCAGUCAAAGCUUGGCUUUGCCAGUCAAUUUGACCAGUAACGUUGAGCCAGAAACGAGGUAUGACAGGCUAGGACAAAUUUGGCCAGUCAUCAUGAAUGGUGACUGAUUGGCAGUGUUAUUUUAAGGCAUACCUCAUAACUUAAAGCUAGUGGAUAAAAAUAAUUUAUUAAUGUUAAUGUCUAUUAUAUAUAUAUAUAUGACAAUAGUAUCUUAACAUAUUAAUCAAUAGUAGAUGGAAAGAAAUAUAUAUAUAUUGUAUAUAAGAGCAAUAGAGGAAAGCAUGUUAUUAUAAUUUGUCCAGACACUCAUUAAUUGCCUUUGGAAAAACAAUGCUGUUGAAAACUAGCCAAUGAUUAUAAGAUAUCUCAUUUCCAGAGAGUCUAGUCUUGAUGCAAUAACAGGCUAAGAUAAAAUUUGUAUAACCUAUUGUCUUAGCAUUUAAUUAUAACUUGAUAAAAAAAUUAUUGAAAAUUAAAAUAAUGAGUCUGUUUGA